AUGGUAAAUGUUUUGCCUUCUAAUGAUAUCCACUUUGUACUUCUUAUCAGUCGGCAAGGAAAAGUGAGACUCACAAAAUGGUAUUCACCAUACUCCCAGAAAGAGAGAUCCAAGACAAUUAGAGAGCUAUGUGGGUUAAUUAUCUCUAGAGCUCCGAAACUAUGCAACUUUGUGGAGUGGAAGGGAUUCAAAGUUGUUUAUAAAAGAUAUGCUAGUCUCUACUUUUGCAUAUGCAACGAUGAGGAAGACAAUGAAUUAGAGACCUUGGCAAUUAUUCAUCACUUUGUCGAGACAUUGGAUCGAUAUUUUGGCAGUGUUUGUGAGUUGGAUUUGAUUUUUAAUUUCCACAAGGCAUAUUUUAUAUUGGACGAAAUUUUGAUAGCGGGAGCCAUGCAGGAAACGAGCAAGAGAACAACUUUGAGACUCAUUGCUGCACAAGAGGAUUUGGUGGAAGUUGCAAAAAUGGAAGCAAGUUCAUUGAGCAAUAUAAUCGCCCAGGCUACAAAGUAAAAACAUAUUUAACGGGUAGAAAUGAUCGAUUAUACAAAUUUUUAU